AUGUAUGACGGCACCAGCGACCCAGAUGACCACAUCGCUCAGUAUAAACAAAGGAUGCUAGCUGUAGCACUCCCAAGGGAGUUCCGCGAGGCCACCAUGUGCAAAGGAUUCGGCUUAACUCUGAUUGGACCAGCGUUGCAAUGGUACAUUAAUCUACCCAUCAGAUCUAUAUCUUUGUUCGCAACUCUCAGCGAUGGGUUUGUGGAGCAGUUCGCAAGUAGCUGGAACCUGGAGAAAACCUCGGAUAGCCUCUAUGAAAUCCUCCAGCAUCGGGCCGAACCGUUUCGCGAUUACAUAGCUCGCUUCAAUCAGGAAAAGGUAUUGAUUCCUAAAUGCAACGUCACCACAACAAUCUCAGCCUUCAAAAGAGGCCUGCUCCCAGACGGGAAUCUCUACAAGGAACUGACCAAGUAUCAGUGUAAAACUAUGGAAGACGUAUUAUCCCGAGCCUGGGCCCAGGUAAAAUGGGAGGAAGACGUCGCAAGCCGCACUAGGACUCAGCAGAAACAAGCAACCAAGCAAGACCGGAGUGAUCGAGACGAGAGGUCCUCCCAGAAACCCAUGAAAGACCAAGGCGGCAGGAACCGGGACAGGAACAUGAGUCGUCCAGUCGAGAGAGCGGAAGGGAUGUCGGUGUCUACCUGGCUAGAUAUCUCAAACUUGUCUGUAUCCCAACCAGAGAUAAUCAACGCCCUAAGGCAGAUUGGUCAACAGGUUAAAUGGCCCCCGAAGAUGAGGGCACCCGAUUCCUUCCGGAACCCCGACCUCUGGUGUGAGUUCCAUCGUGACCAUGGUCACAAGACAGAGGAUUGCGUCGCACUGAAGAUCGAAGUCAACAAACUACUCCAGAAGGGAUACCUUCGGGAGUUCCUCUCAGAAAAGGCGAAGAACCUCCUAAGCAAGGAGACACCCAGGAAAUCUGCUGAAACCAAGCCCGCGUCACCACCUCGACAGGACCGACUGAUCCAUGUCAUAUCCGGAGGUUCGGAGAUAAGCGGCAUAAGCCAUGCAGCCGCAAAGAAGAGCACUCGAAACGCCAAGCUUGGCCUGGAGACGUCCAAAUCAAAUCGGCUACUAUUGGGAUCAGACGAAAUAAGCUUCACUGCAAAGGAACAAGAGAAGGUCUUAGCUCCCCACCAUGACGCUCUAGUGGUAUCGCUUACCAUAGCAAACUGCUUGGUAAGGAGGAUCCGCGCUAAACUCGUAAGCUCCAGCAGGUUCGGCCCAGAGAGGGCGACGGCCCGCAGAUAUCAUCUCCACAUGUUGUCAGAUACCUCGGCACCCCGGAAACUCCGGCUAAAUAAGGAGUACCAAGAAGCAAGAUGA